UUAUGGGUAUAAUCCGAAGUUGUGUUCAUCUGUGGUGCAUGAGGAUGAAAGGUCCACUAUAUGUGCCUAUGUUCAAGCCCUUUGGUGUUGUUUUUGCCACUAUUUUUGGUACUAGCCUCCCUGCAAGUACUCUUCGUUACGGAAGUGUGAUUGGAACGGCUAUAGUUGGAAUGGGGUACUUUACAGUGAUGUGGGGUCAACUAAACCAUGAAGAUGAAGUGAGUACUAAUAGUAAUAAUACUAAACAAUAUGAUGUUGAGUCACCUCCACAAGAGCAUAAUGAUGUUGAUGAUGAUAAUGAGAAUUAUAACGUCAAAACUCCUCUCUUAAAACCACAACAAAAUUACGUCCAAUAAUAAUAAUAAGGUUAUUGAUCUCUUCAUAUUAUUAUUGGGAAGA